AUGCGCUACUACAACACCGGCCAUAAGCGCUCCCCACCAGCAAAGCGCCCGGAACCCUUUGUGCAGCCAGACUUAACUCCCCAACUAAGAAGCUGGAAUCGAGACUCCAGAUCAGACAACGCUCUUCCAGUCUUCAAUUGUCCAAUUUUGGAUGAAGAAAGUUAUGAUUAUAUUGAUGAGGACAGAGAAUUAAACUUUGGGACCAGGCAAUUUCCAAAAUCCAAUGGCACAUCAGAAUAUGCUGAUAAAAGGUACUUCCAGCCAGAAAAAAAUAACCAUACUUGUAACAAUGUUCAGCUAAGUCCUGUUGUCCAUCUUGUACACAGAAAUACAAAGUCUACGAGACCACAGUCUACCUGGAGCUACAGUAAAGCAUGUGCUAUGAAAUCACAGCCAAGUAAAGGUCCAGCUGUAAACCGAAGUUUAAAGCCACAAAAAUGUAUUUUUCAAUUUAAAGGAAAUACAUCAACUACCCACGAAAUUCACAAAAGUCCUGGAAGUGAAUUAAGUCGGCCUAUUCUAUCAAAUAAUAUUGCCACCAAACUGAGUACAGAGAAGAAAACUGAAUCAACUGCACUUACCAAAAUAUGUUCACGAAGUCCAUGUAAUGAUAACAGCUCAAUGCAAAGUCACCAGGCGAGCACAACUGUAGGACUGAAAAUAGAAGCAGAAUGUACUGCAGAGAAACCUGUGGUUCACAGAAGCAUAAAGCCUAUACUACAAAGGCCUCAUUCAGUGAUCAUUCCCAAAGUUUCAACUCCUGAACAGGAGUAUAUAGCUAUAGGAGUUAUAGCAUCUUUCAUUCAGCAAAAGCAAAAAGAGGCCCAAUGA